AGGUUCAUGUGAGGCCUGAAGCUGUUAACGUUCAAUCUGUUUCCUUCUGCAGCGCGUGGUCUUCCUCAAGCAGCUGGGCACCGGUCUUCUCCUCGUCACCGGUCCUCUGGCUCUGAACCGAGUGCCUCUGCGGAGAGCUCACCAGAAGUUCUGCAUCGCCACAUCCACCAAGGUGGACAUCUCUGGCAUGAAGGUCCCCAAAACACUGACCGACACCUACUUCAAGAAGAAGAAGCUGAGGAGACCCAAGCACCAGGAGGGAGAGAUCUUUGACACAGAGAAAGAGAAGUACCAGUUGACGGAGCAGCGUAAGGAGGACCAGAAAGCAGUGGAUUCUCAGUUGCUUCCUCUGAUCAAGAAGGUUCCUCUGCUCAAAGGAUAUCUGCGCUCCACGUUCUGUCUGUCUAAUGGAGUCUAUCCACACAAACUGGUUUUCUAAAAUGCUAAUAAAAUCUGUGGCAACCAAGAUCA